AUGAUUAUCCGUCGAGAAGAGAUAGUGGACCAGGGCGAGGACCUGACACAGAUCCCGUUCUCGGAGCUAAUGCUUCCACUGCCAUACAAGUGCAUGUUCCUGAUAACUUUGGGCGUGUGGUUCUGGUACGUCAACUUGCGUACCUGCUACGCUUACAAGAUCGACACAUUGCAGGUUUUGAAAUUGGCCGGCGUGGAGCACGCCAAGCUCGUGCGCACCAGUCUGAACGUCUGCUAUAAGAUCACCUUGAUGAACAUGAUCAAUUACACUGUGUACCUGGCGUUUGUGAGCAACAGCAUCUAUUUCAGCUGGAUGGAGUUCCUGCCGUUAGUUGCCAUAGUGCAAACGGUAGCGGUGCUGGUUUGGCCGUUUGGGCCCCAGUCCAUCGAGAGAAGACGUUUUGUCGAGACCGUCAAGCGGAUCAGCGUGGGAAACAUCGACAUUUCCCUCAGAAACAACGAUAUCCUGCUGGCAGACACCUUUACCUCGUACACCAAGGUUUUGAUCGAUUUCUUGGUGUAUUUCACUGCUCUGUUGCUUGGAUACGCCACGCUGCCGUCUCCAGACAUCAAACGGGAGCUCACGUCCGACCAUUUGAAAGUUUACAACCUGGACAUUGUUCUGUCGUCGUACCCGUCAUUAAUUCGUCUGAAACAGUGUUUGCAAGAAUACGAGCAGAGCAGAAGACGCAAUAGACAGCAUCUGUUGAACGCAAUCAAGUACUCGACUGCGUUCUUGCCGCUGCUGGCGAAUAUCCUGAUCCGGUCGCAAUUGGCCGGGCUGGGCGUGUGGUACGCUGCCGUGCUGAUCAACUCGUCGUACACGUUUUUCUGGGACAUCCAGAACGACUGGAACUUCCAGAUGUUUAUGCGGUUUCUGUCCAACAAAAGAGAGCUGCCACUGUUGCGGCACAAGCUCGUUUACACAUGGCAUUUCUACUACCUGGCCAUUCUGCUAGACUUCCAGCUGCGGUUCAUCUGGGUGUACCGGCUGAUUUUCCCCGAGCUGCUGUCGAGACUGGACCACUCGCUGCUGGUCACCACGCUCAGCUCGCUGUAUGUGACCGAGUCGGGCAAUUUUGUGCUGGAGGUCCUCGAGAUCUUCCGCAGAUGGGUCUGGGUGUUCCUCAAGGUGGAAACCGAGUUCCUGAAACUGGCUACCGAGCCGGAACUCGAGAUGCAAAACUUGUAA